ACACCCACCCUAAUUCCAACUCAUUCUCUGCCGGACAACUGAAAAGUCCUGCCUAAAUAGUGUCUGAAGCUCCCUCCCGACGACGUCGUUUGAGCAGCUUAAUUGCGUAGAUCUGCCAUAAUAUCCGAGAGCACAAAAGCAUACUUUUACCUCGUUCGCACCGAGUUUUCGGCGCACUAUAGUUUUGUCCCCGUGCUGUGGGUCAAAGUAGUUCUCCCUAUUUGACGCCGGUGGUGCGCCCGUUAACAAAACUACACCCCACCUCUCUCUUUCCUAAAAUACAUUUAUCUCUCCCCUUCUCUUUCUUUCUUCGUCAGCUCACUCCUCAACUUUAUCCUCUCAAACGUUCUUUUGUGGUGAUUUCCGAAUUCUCCGACUCUUCCUCUUUCUCCUGCACGAUUGCUGGAUCUUCACGGUGAAAUGUUGCUUCGGAGGUCGUAUUAUGUGCGCUGUAGUUCGGGAAACGGAGUUGCGAAGUUGAUUAAGGUUCUUGCUUAGGUAGGCAGGUUUUCGUAUAUCUGGAGAGAUGGUGGGGGAGACUGUGACAGAGACAUGGUUCAGUAAUAUAUUGAAGAGUUCACGUAAAAGCUUAUCAUGGGAGCCUGAGAGACCAGUCCUUGGAAUUUUGGCAUUUGAAAUCUCGAGGUUCAUGUCAAAGGUGGUUAAUUUAUGGCAAUGUCUCACUGACAGGCAGAUAGUUAGAUUAAGAGAGGAGAUUGCAAACUCGGUAGGCAUCCAGAAGCUUGUUUCCGAAGAUGAAGACUAUCUUAUGGAUCUUGCUCUUGCUGAGAUAAUUGAGAAUGUGGGUAGUGUGGCAAAAUCAGUAGCCAUGCUUGGAAAGAAGUGUACAGACCCAACAUAUCACAAUCUUGAAAACGUUUUUAAUGAUCCAGGUGAAAUUGAUCCGAAAUGGUAUGGGUGGCAAUAUAGGCUGAAGAAAAUGGAGAAGAAAGUUAAGAAAAUGGAGAAGUUUGUGGCAGCAACAGAGCAGCUGUACUCAGAGCUCGAAGUGUUGGCAGAGCUUGAGCAGAGCCUAAUGAGAAUGCGAGCUGGUGCCAGUUUAGGCAAGGUAAAGUUGCUGGAGUUUCAACAGAAAGUUGUAUGGCAACGCCAGGAAGUGAAGAAUCUCCAGGAGAUGUCUCCUUGGGUCAGACCAUAUGACUAUAUUGUCCGACUUCUUCUCAGAUCUCUAUUCACAAUUAUCGAAAGGAUCAAGUAUGUAUAUGGGGUUAACCAGAUUGAAAAUGUUGUGGCGAGUAGAGGAUAUGAUGACAUACAUGGUGUUUGUCUUAUUCGUAGUAAUUCCAUGUCUGCUCUCCUGCAAACAGGAGAGCAAAAGUCAGCUAACUUAUCGGAAAACAAUGCAUCUAGACUUCCAGUUCCUGUAGCGAGGUCAUUUUCAAAUUUGGGCUUGGGAGGUGACAAGAGUAAAUUGAAGAAUAGGAAAUCUCAUGAUCAUUCUCCAUCAUCUGUCCUUUGUGGAAAACCACAUCAGACGAAAGCUAGACGGUUUAGCCCUGUUGGCUUCGCAGGAUGCAUGACAGGAGGAAGUGAAUCUCCUGUUGUUGAGACCUAUGCACCAUCCUGUGGAAGCUCAUUUAGGUCCAAUGGUGCUUCUCAGAAAGAUGCAGAUGAAAUAAAAGACUUAUGCACGAUCCCAAUUAUAUAUAGUAGCAUAACCCCUAAGGUAUCUUUCUUUGACUCGAAAAGUCAUCUGUUGAAUGCUCCUCCAUCUUCUCUUGGUCAUGCUGCUUUGGCUCUGCACUAUGCAAAUGUCAUCAUAUUGAUCGAGAAGCUAGCUUCAUCUCCUCACUUGAUCAGCCUCGAUGCCAGAGAUGAUCUUUACAAUUUGUUGCCUUCAACUAUCAGAAGCUGUCUUAGGGCAAAGCUAAAGACAUUUUCCAAAACUAUGGCUUCGUCUGUCUACGAUCCUGCUUUUGCAGCAGAGUGGGGCUUAGCAGUUGCAAGAAUAUUGGAAUGGCUAUCCCCACUUGCUCACAACAUGAUACGAUGGCAAUCUGAGCGGAACUUUGAAAGGCAAAGAUUGGUUUUUGGGUCAAACGUGCUUCUUGUCCAGACCCUUUACUUUGCAGACCGAGUAAGGACAGAGGCAGCAAUUGUUGAACUACUGAUGGGCCUAAAUUAUCUCUUUAGGUUUGGCAGAGAAAUUAAUGAGAGACCUUACAGGGAGUCUUCAUGCAGUAGGGCAUAUGAUGGCUAUCUAAUUCCCAGGGAUAAAACGCGCUACAACAUGAUGGAUCAUACAGCAUAAGGAUCCGUUCGGCGCUUUGUAUAACUACAAAAUGGAACUUAAGUGGAGCUUUCCCGUUCCUUCGUUGUGCACAUAAUUUCUCAGAUACAUCCUUCCGAAUCAAAGGUAUUUUCUUAGUGAUGGUUUAUAUACCGAACCAAGUAAAAUCUUGUAUCUGCUUUCUCUGGUUUCUGUAAAAUACAGUAUUUAAACCAUAGCUACAUUUGAACUCUCUUGAAUAGGCUGGUCUUCAAUGUAGUGAUCAUGCUAUCUUUUUACGUUUUAUUGCACGAUUGAUUCUUUACCGUUGAUUAUUGAACUCAUAAGGUUAUUUUAGCCAUGAUGUUCGAAAUAUUAUUGGAAGAAUAUGUGGAUCA